GUACCGGCCCGGGGAGAGGUUCGGCGGCUGAGAGGCAAAAUGGCGGCAGCCCCGGCGCUGGCUGCCGGGCUGCGCGUGGCGCGCAGGGCGGUGGCGGUGGCGGUGGCGGGGCCGCGGGGGGCACAGAUCCGAGGAGCUGCAGGUGUGACUGAUGGAAAUGAAGUGGCCAAGGCCCAGCAGACAGCUCCUAGGGGAGCAGCUCCAACUGUCUUCUCCCGGAUCCUGGAUCGAAGUCUCCCAGCUGACAUUCUAUAUGAGGACAAGCAGUGUCUCGUAUUCCGUGAUGUGGCCCCUCAAGCUCCUGUGCACUUCCUGGUCAUUCCUAAGAAGCCCAUUCCUCGGAUUAGCCAGGCUGAGGAAGAGGACCAGCAGCUUCUAGGACACCUUCUCCUUGUGGCCAAGAAGACAGCAAAGGCUGAAGGCCUGGGAGAUGGAUACCGACUUGUGAUCAAUGAUGGGAAGCUGGGCGCACAGUCUGUGUAUCAUCUGCACAUUCAUGUACUUGGGGGCCGACAGCUCCAGUGGCCUCCAGGUUGAACCUACCAACUGACCAAGAACCCCAGACCUGGAUGCUUGGAGGGUGGGGGAAAAGGACCCUAUGAUGCUAAUAAAGUUGCUCUCCCUCGA